AGAUCCAAUACACAAAAAACCUAAUAAUUAUGAAUUGAAUGUGUGCAAUGCAGACAAUGGAUCAAGGACAAUUGCAAAAGUUAUUCGCCGCGGCGGCGGCAGUGUCGGCGGCUCCACAGCAAAAUCCAAUGAUGCUCUUCUCACCGAUGACGUCACAGGCUACGACACCCACUGUAUGGCCGAUCAAGCCGACGGUCAAUACGUUGACACCGCCACCCGUACAGAGCAUUGACGCAAAUUUGGCGGCAUGUAUUCUUAUUCAGCAAGCUCUGCAGAAUCAGCAAGCCCUGGCCGCAGCGUCUUCACCAAUUCUUCCAUCACCCACCCCAACCUUCCCCUCCCUUCCAUUAUUCUCACCUACCGUACCAACAAGCCUCCCAACUCCAACACUGACCCCAACCAUAAUAUCAUCAGUAUCACCUCAAUGCUCAACAUCUCCCGGAGUCUUCAACACUUUAAACACGUUGCUCCAAAUGGAAAGCCUGAGCAAGUGCUCAACGCCACCAAUCAACAUUAGUCACUCACCAACAACAACGCCUCUGGAAAAGAUGAGAAAGCUCUCGAGUGUCUCGAUGCCCGCCGAGUUUGUGUCUGUCCUCCAGACCCCUUCAGUGUCGGCUUCUGGCUCCGGAUCGGGCUCCCUGCCAGCUUCAUCUCCGAGCACCUCUUCUAAAAAAGGAGAAGAGGACGAGGAGGACGAGGAGGAAGAGUUUGUGGAUAUCGAGUCGGUCGACGUGGCAGUUGAUGGGAAAGAGAAACGGAAGGCACACGUGGAAUUCUAUCGACGGAUGAAGUAUAUGAGACAACACUACAGGGACAAAGCACUACAAUGCGGAAUAUGUCGAAAAAAGGUGGAAAAUCACGAGAAUGCGAUGGCAGUCCACGUGGCCGAGCACGCGGACGCCGGCUGCUAUCAGUGUCGGCUGUGCGGAUGGCAGGCAAUCGAUAAGUACAAAAUCUACACGCACAUGAGAGAAGAACAUCCGAGAAAAGUUGACAUGUUCGUCGAUAAAAGGGAUAUGCCGAAGAUGUGCCUGGUGCUGGGACAGUGCUUUCCGAAGACAUCAUCGCGGCCGAAAAAGGACUCGAAUCUGAAUGCGGAUACCUAUUUGACUGAGAUUUUGAGGGAAUCCGCGAGGGAAAAGGUUUGCCAGUUGUGUAAGGGACAUGUGAGACGGGACAAGACGGCGAUGAUCCGGCAUGUGCAGACUAAUCAUACUAUUAAAUGCAAAACCUGCAAAACCAUCUCCACUACCCUCGAAGAUCAACUCCUCCACCAAGAGCAAUCCCAUCAGCUCAAAGAGCCCAAAAUGUCGGUGCAUUACGCGCCAAGUGCCGCCGCGAUCUACCUCCUUCCAGCUCUGGAAAAGUGUUUUCCGCCAGCUGACAAAUAAUAGCAUUUCUCUUUAAUUUUAAUAAUAUCUUAAUUUUUAAUAAUUGAUUUUUUUUUUCACACGCUCUACCCACCUUCUUUCGUUUGCUAUUCAAUUGCAUUUUUUUUCUGUGACCCAAAUUUUUUUCCUCAGUUUUUUCUUUCUCCUCCUCUACUAAAGUUUUAGACUACAAAAAGCCACGCGAGUAACGGGUAGAUAUUUCGCAACAAUUUCCGCUUUUCCCGCCAAAAUGACUCUUUCAAAAAACUCAAGUUGUUCCCCACGCCCACUCACAAAAUUUUUCCCCCUUUUCCUUGCCACAAACUGUUUUUUUUUAUUUUUGAAAUUAAAUUUUUUUUUAAAGUAAAAAAAUAAAAACAUUCAAACUAA